CGAGCGGCGUAGCGGAUCCCGGAGCCCGGCCCCCGCCGCCCGCCCGUCCGGCCGCCUGCCCCGCCCGUCCGGCCCCCGCCGGCCGCCCGCCCCGGCCCGGCGCGCCCGCCCCCACCCCCGGCUCCCCCCGACGGCCCCGCCCGGCCGCGGCCCCCGCUCCGCCCGCCCGGCCCCGGCCCCCAGGAGGAGGCGCUGACGCAGCAGCGUGGAGCCCGGGAAUUGAGCGCCCCCGGGGGGUUCCAGCCGCCGGAUUCCAGCCCGGCCGGGGCCUGCGGGCGCCCGGAGCCGCGCCGUCCGCGCCAGUCGUCCCCGGUGACAGGGACUCCAUGACACACACUCGGAGAAAGUCCCUUCCCAUGCUAAAUUCAGGCUCCCCUGGUCGCCAGGAGUCCCUGCAAAUGGAGGACAGCCACAUGGAGCAGGGCAUAGAGGGUGUGGAACCAGGUGUGCCUGAUAGCCCCGGGCAUCUCACAGGACGCCGCAAGAACUACCCACUGCGCAAGCGUCCACUGGUUCCUGAGAAGCCCAAGACCUGCAAAGUGCUACUGACUCGCCUGGAGAAUGUGGCUGGUCCACGCAGUGCCGAUGAGGCUGACGAGCUGCCUCCUGACCUGCCCAAGCCCCCCAGCCCAGCUCCAUCCAGCGAGGACAUUGGUCUUUCCCAGCCCCGUAAGCGACGCCUGGCCUCCCUCAAUGCCGAGGCCCUCAACAACCUGCUGCUGGAGCGGGAGGACACAAGCAGCUUGAUGGGCACCCGCCGCAAUCGAGGGGGAGACCCUCAGCGCAGCCGGGACCGUGACCGGGCCAGCAGCACUUGGUCCUCCAAGAAGCGACCCCGACUCGGGGACCUUGGAGAAGGAAGUCGGGACUUGUCUCCAGAGCCAGCCCCCGAUGAAGGUGGCCGUAGAGAUGGAGACCCAGCUCCAAAGAGACUGGCUAGCCUGAAUGCAGCGGCCUUCCUGAAGCUGAGUCAGGAGCGCGAGCUUCCCCUGCGACCGCCUCGGGCCCACACAGACACAGAUGGACGCUCCACUGAGAUCCCUGCGCCCAAGGCCCCAAGGCCAAAGUGGGCCAAGGUCAAUGGCAAAAACUAUCCCAAGACCCGACAGGGGGUGGGCUCUGGGGAAGCUGCAGGCCCAGCAGGCUGGCAGGGGCACCACGAUGAGCCGUGGCCAACUGCCACUCGUCGUGAGCCAGCCAACCAACUCCCUCAGCAGCCCCUGGGGAAGGCUGUAGAGCCCCCCUUGCAGCUGCGUCCACAGCUGCCAUUGCUCAUGGGCGGGCAGGCAGCUCUGAAACCGGAGCCUGGGCGCCCAGGUGAGGAGUCGCCUGCUCCCAAGCAGGAACUACAUCAACCCUCUUUUCCCACUCCUCAGCUGUCCUUGCUGCCCAUGCCUGGCAAUCCUGCCGACUACAGUGGCCUAUGUGCUAGGCCAGAGCUCACGGCGCUGGGCAGCUUCUACGUGUACUGUGGCCAAGAAGGGCUGAAGUGUGCAGGCUACUCGGCCUGCCCCGUGCUCCCGGAGGGCAAGUUGUCCCCAGUGGCUGCUCCUAACGAGGGGCUCCUCAUGGCAGCGAACUCAGUGCCCUCAGGCUCGCCUUUCCAGCAGCCUGCCUGGGGCUCCUCUCGUUAUUGCUCCAGUGAGGACACUGCAAUGAAUGGCUACAGCAUCUGUGGAGUGUUGCCCUUGUCUCUGAGCCACGUUGGCACUACCUGUGGCAGCUGCCCCUACAAAAUGCCUUUUGCAGCAGGCUGCAGGUCCCUGGGCCAGCUGGAAUUUCCUCUCCCAGAAGCCUCACCUGCUCACCCUCUCCUGGGAUGCCCGGUACCCAGUGUGCCACCUGCAGCAGAGCCUGUCCCACAUCUUCAGACACCCACCUCGGAGCCCCAGACAGUGGCUCGUGCAUGCCCACAGAGCGCCAAGCCGCCCAGCGGGUCCAAAUCAGGUCUGCGCACGGGCUCGGGCUGCAGGCACACCGCCAGGAGCAAGACUGCCCGCAGGCCUAGCCACCCAAAGCAGCCACGGGCCCAGCGCCCCCGUCCCCGCCGUCGUCGCCGCCGCCGCACUAAUGGCUGGGUACCUGUUGGGGCUGCCUGUGAGAAGGCUGUCUAUGUCCUGGAUGAGCCGGAACCAGCCAUCCGCAAGAGCUACCAGGCAGUAGAGCGGCGUGGUGAGACAAUCCGGGUCCGGGACACAGUCCUCCUCAAGUCAGGCCCUCGAAAGACAUCUACACCCUACGUGGCCAAGAUCUCUGCCCUCUGGGAGAACCCUGAGUCAGGAGAGCUGAUGAUGAGCCUCCUGUGGUAUUACAGACCCGAGCACUUGCAGGGAGGCCGCAGCCCCAGCAUGCACGAGCCUUUGCAGAAUGAAGUCUUCGCUUCGCGACAUCAGGACCAGAAUAGCGUGGCCUGCAUUGAGGAGAAGUGCUAUGUGCUAACCUUUGCGGAGUACUGCAGGUUCUGUGCCAUGGCCAAGCGCCGAGGCGAGGGCCUCCCCAGCCGGAAGACAGCACUGGUACCCCCCUCGGCAGACUACUCCACCCCGCCGCAUCGCACAGUGCCCGAGGACACGGACCCUGAGCUGGUGUUCCUUUGCCGCCAUGUCUAUGACUUCCGCCAUGGCCGCAUCCUCAAAAACCCCCAGUAGCCUCCUUGUGCCCACACUGGGGCCGCCCAGGGGCAAGUGGGGCACAGGACGGGGGUAUUGCUUGAAGCACAGCACUUGGUUAAGGAGCCACAGGGUCUGAGGGUGCGGCCUGUGGUUCUCUUGGGAGGGAGGGCAGGGGCCCACUUGGGUGCUGGACCCCAUGGGAGGGAAGGGGAGACCAGGGUUGCAGAGAAGUCGCAGAGCCCUCCAUGGUCCCCUGGGUAGAGGCUUCCCCUAGAAGUAGUCUUCCCCAUGGCCCAGCCAGGCCUGAGGAACACACACCCAAGGGAUGAGGGACGAGGGUCCUUGAGGCCCCGGGCCCCACAGGCCUUUGUGCGGCCUCCCUAGGCCUGCAGGGGGCUGUGGGAGCUGGCUUUACCUCACCCACUGUGUCCUUGGCUCUCCCCACCCCCACCCACUCUCCCAGGC